UGGUGGUGGUUUUAUUCCGACGAAGAAAUGAACGGUAGAGGUGGUUGUUGUAUUGCAAGGCAUGCAGGAGGUGGAGGUGGGAUGUACGGCAUGUCCAAGGUGGAAAGGAUAAUGCUUAAGUACAGGCCGAUCGCGCCGAAACCGGUGGCUGCUGGAUCGGGUUCAGGUGGUUCCACGACGGAGAACAGCGAUGGUGGGUAUGUUAAAUGUGGAAGAGGUAAGAGAAAGUAUGUUAGGGUUAACAAGAACAACAAGAAGAAGGAUGAUUCUAAGAGAUGCAGUGGUGAUGAGAAAAGAAAGAUGUCAGCGUCGUCGUCGUCUCCACCGCCUCCAUCUAGUGAGCAAGAAUCUGUUUCCCGUGGUGGAGAUGCGGUGGUGACACUUUCUUUGUUGCCGGAGACUCCAGAUCGGAAAGGGAAUUCACCGGUUUCAGAUUUUCCAGAUCUGUUAUCAGCGGACCCGACAACAAAGGCGUGGAAUUGUAAUUGCAAUAAUAAGAAGAAAUCAACGACACCUGUCUGGUUAAGCUUCAACAACCAGGAGGAAAAGGUACGUUACGGUCACGUGGGUAGGGUUGAUCCUGAUCCAGUUGUGAUAAAACCUCCAUCUCCACCGCUACCCCCACGACUGCAAGUGGUGUCACAGGUGACGGUGGAAUGCGUGACAGACACAUGGGUAGGCGUGGAAGGGCUAGGAUGUACGGAUGAAGAGAGGGUGAAGAACAUGGAGAGGGACACGUGUCCAGGGUUCAUAUCUGACGGCCAAGACAGGGUGGUGUGGGCAAACAAGGCAUAUAGACAGAUGGCCGGAGUUGGGCAGAUGAUCGGCGGAGAGGAUAUGUCGGUGGUGUUGGUCCGGAAGGAUAAAUGGAUGGCAGCGCCGGUAACUUACCCAGCUUUCACGUGCAAGGUGAAAGUAUGCUCCGCCGUUCACAGUCAGCAUACAAGUAGUCCUUCACCGCCAUCUCCGACAUUAACGCUGCCGUGCGACGUUUGGAGGAUGAAGCGCGGUGCCUGCGCAUGGCGGUUGGACGUCAAAGCCGCCCUCAGCUUGGGUCGGUAAAAUUAAAACCCUAUGCAUUAACUGGAAAUAUUUUGAUAUUAGGAUUUUUUUUUUG